GGGACUUCCUGCGGGCGAGCGGCGGGGCCGGAGCCUUUGUGCGGGAGCGGCGGGGUGCGGGGGGAGGGUCCCCGCGGCGCCCCGCGGCCCCGGGCGGGCAGCGAGGGGAGGAGGCGGCGGCGGCUGCAGUGCGGAUACCGGCAGGGGAGCCCCUUCCUCCGCCUCCACCGCCGGGGAAGGAGACAGGAGCCGUCGCCGCUCCGCCGGCUCCAGCCACCCAGGUCUGUUUUCUGUUUACAAGCCUGAAGAUGGCUGCUGCUUCUUCCUGCAAUGUGGAAGAAGACGAGAGCCUGAAGGGAUGUGAACUCUACGUUCAGAAGCACAACAUCCAACAGAUUUUAAAAGAGUGCAUUGUAAACCUUUGCAUAGCAAAACCAGACCGACCCAUGAAGUUCCUCAGAGAGCACUUUGAAAAAUUAGAAAAGGAGGAAUGCAAACAAAUACUGGCUCGGCAGAAAUCCAGUUCCCAGUCUGAUUCUCAUGACGAUGAGAUUUCCCCUCCUCCUCCCAACCCAGUGGUAAAAGCCCGACGCAGGAGAGGGGGGGUCAGUGCAGAAGUGUACACUGAGGAGGAUGCUGUUUCUUACGUCAGAAAGGUUAUUCCAAAGGACUAUAAAACUAUGACUGCUCUGGCAAAGGCCAUCUCCAAGAACGUGCUCUUUGCUCAUCUUGAUGACAAUGAACGAAGUGACAUAUUCGAUGCCAUGUUCCCCGUCACACACAUCGCAGGAGAAACUGUCAUACAGCAGGGUGAUGAAGGAGACAAUUUCUAUGUGAUUGACCAAGGCGAGGUGGAUGUUUAUGUCAACGGGGAGUGGGUCACCAGCAUCGGAGAAGGAGGCAGCUUCGGGGAACUGGCAUUGAUCUAUGGAACACCCCGGGCCGCCACCGUCAAGGCCAAGACGGAUCUCAAGCUCUGGGGCAUCGACAGAGACAGCUACAGACGCAUUUUAAUGGGCAGCACGCUGAGAAAGCGGAAGAUGUAUGAAGAAUUCCUGAGCAAGGUCUCCAUUUUGGAGUCCCUGGACAAAUGGGAGCGGCUGACAGUGGCUGAUGCACUGGAACCUGUCCAGUUUGAAGACGGAGAAAAAAUUGUUGUGCAGGGAGAGCCCGGUGACGAUUUCUUCAUUAUUACAGAGGGCACGGCUUCUGUUCUGCAGCGCAGGUCUGACAAUGAGGAGUACGUCGAAGUUGGAAGACUUGGUCCCUCAGAUUAUUUUGGUGAGAUAGCGUUACUGCUCAAUCGGCCCCGGGCUGCGACGGUGGUGGCACGCGGACCACUGAAGUGCGUAAAGCUGGAUCGGCCCCGCUUCGAACGAGUCCUCGGUCCUUGUUCCGAAAUCCUCAAGAGAAACAUUCAGAGAUACAACAGUUUCAUUUCGCUCACGGUCUAAAUGAUUCCUCCUGGAAAGCUGCCUUUGUGUGACCCUGUGCACUUAAAUUUGCUCUGUGCAGCUCCAUAGCUUUAUGAAGAAAAAAAAAAAAAAAAAGGUGUGCAUUUUAUGUGUAUUUUUUCUGUUGAUGUCACGUACUGGAUGUCAGUUCAAAUCUCAUGUAUCAUGUAAGUAGGAAGACAACUGUUUGGGUAAGACUCGCUUUGGGGAAGAUUAGGCUCUGGCUUGCAGGCAAGAUUUUUACCUAUUGUUGGAUCAUAUAGCUUAAAACCGUGUUUUUAACUGUUUAAAAUUCAGAUGAAUUUCUAUUUCACUUAUUAUCUCUGAAGUUGAUCUUAUUCACCUUUUGUCAAGCUGUUUUGAUCAAGCGACGUCCCUCUGCCUGUCACUCUUAAAAACCUUUUCGCUGGUUGUGGACUGGAGGAUUCUGAAAUCCCACGGGGUGAGUGGCAGUCGCACCGCCUAAGUGGGAAGGUUGGAGGAAGAUUUUGAUCAUUCCAGCAAGCCAGGGAAGAGUAGAGCUUUUGAGUCAUUUUGUUUGUGGCUGAGAUACAAGGGCCAUAUUUCCUCCGUGUUACGAGCCCUUGCAGGUCUGCUUUGUAGGAUACGCUAAGCCAAACAGCCUGCUCCAGUCUUCUGGGUGAGGAGGUCAAGGAACAAUGUUUCGUAAGAACUCAAAUGGAGCCUUUAGGACCCAAGUUAUUUGUCCUCAGCUUUUUUUUUCAAAGGAGGGUUUGCAUUAGAUCCCUUAAGAGUCCAAUGGGGACAUCUCUGCUGAGUUAAGCGGGCUUCGAAAUGUAUUUAUCUGCAGCAGAGUGUCCUCAGCCACUUCUCUGAAUAUUAAAUGCUGAAGAGAUGGUGCCAGGUGUACAUCAGGGGCAACCACAGCAGUUUGUUUUUAAUAAGGUUCACUUAAUUAAAUUCAAAUACCUUUCUUUUAGUAUAUGACCAAAACAUAGGAUUUUUUUGGAUUUUCUGAAAGCCGAAUACCCUUCAGAAAGCUGCCUCUCCUCCAGAAGACACCUGUUGUGUACAAAAAGCACCGGGAUCUUGCGGGCAGCUCCCAGCGCCCAGGUCCCUCCAGGCGCGUGCGGCCUCGCUGGCAGUCGUUGCUGCCCUCCCAGACGUGGGUCUCCUCUGGAAUGGAGCUUUUGGCAGAUCCAGACCCAAAAUUCCAGUAGCUGCCCACAGGGGUUUUACAGAGCUGGCUGCUUCUCGGCUUCAGGCUCCGCUCAUCACUUCAAGGUGCUUCAUUUCUUUCCGCGUAUUUUCAGUGCUCCUGUCAGCGUAUAUUCGUUGCUACUAUUUAUUAUGAUUAUGUUACGCUUCUUGCACGUGUUAUUAAAUAUGACCAUUCACAUUUUUCAACCUGGCAGUUUUUAUCAUGUACAUUUAUAUAGGCAGACCCCCAUUAUAUAGAGAGAUAAAUGUAUAUGCAUUUGCAAAACUUUUGAUUUGCUUCACUGUUUUUGUAUUCUCUUGUGCAAUUUUUUAAAAAAAAUUUUUUUAAAGCUUCCCAAUCACUCACGUAUGUUCUUUUACCUCUUGCAUUUCUGUUGUAUUGGUAAAAAUUUGUGAGUGUUUCGCAUAAUGUGCAAGAUACGCAUUUCUUGUUGAACACCAAGUAUUAGCCUCACUGUUUAGAAGUUACUCGAGCACACACACAACACGGAUCCUUUGCUUUAAACCUUUACAGUUCAUGGAAAAUACAUUUGAAUUAUGGUUCUGUUACAAGCGAUCUCAAGAGAAGUGUAACCGUUUAACACCAGGAUUUCUAUGCUUUAAGUGGAACAAAAUGAUAUUCAAUGACGUUUUAAAGAUAAUGGUAAUAUUUGCAGUGGAUGAUGGGACAGGAUUACGGUAUGAAUAAAAUUCUUCUACAUUA